AUAUGUAUAGUUUGCUGUCUUAGCAAGAUCAUCAACAUAAAUCUAACAGAUCUAUAAAUUCUCUCAAGCUGCAAAUUAAUAUACCUGCACAUGGACUCUUAGCAUCUUUGCUUCAAAUCAUAUCACCAAAUAUGCCACCCACCAAUUUCUUUUCUCAUAAGAAGUCAAAGGCAACAAGAAGAAUGAGUUCAAGGCAACGUCCCUUACAUGCAUGUGGAGUUUCAAUCAUAGCAAUUGGUGACAUUGCCAUAGGAAAAACCCAAAAUAUCAAUGGACCAUUAGGUUCAACAUUAAGAAACAUGUCAAAAUUGGCCAAAUUUGUCACACCUUUAAUUUAUGCCAUUCAAUACCAAUGGCUAACAAUCCUAGCAUUCAUUGACGAUCGCAUCCUAGCAGCCGAAAACAUCACAGAGAAAUUGUUUCCUCCUUCAAGGUACGCGUUCGACAAAAUCGAUGAAAUUGUGUUAAUGAUACUUUCAUCGCCAGAUAAAAUCGAUGGUGCAUUGAACAAGUAUGUCCCUGCAAUAAUCCAUCAUGUGCCAUUAUUGGAAUGGACAUUGAAAAUUGUAAUGUCAAAGUUGAAUUGUUUGGAUUCCAAUUGGGGGAAUGAAAAUUCAAGUUUGAAUGAGAAAACUAUAGGUGUUGAUAGGAAUUGUUGCAAUGAGAGUGAGUUAGAAUCAGGUGCAUCUGAGGAGUACCUUAACCUUCCAAUGGAUCCAUCAAGUGUUGAAAGUUUUCCUCCUAUACCAGAAGCUGAACCUAAAGGUGUUGUUAAGACAGUGUCUUGUAGUCACAACUUAAAAGGGUCAUACAAAGAAGCAUUAUUGGAGAGUAGUGAGAAGAAAAUGGAUAAUGAUGAAUGUCAAGAAAAAGAGAUAAAAAGUGAUGAAUGUCAAGAAAAAGCGAUAAAAAGUGAUGAAUGUCAAGAAAAAGAGAUUAAAAGUGAUGAGAAAAGUAUUGAGAAAGAGUGUGAAAUUGUUGAGAAAGUUGAGAAAAGUGAAACUGUGCCAUAUGAUCCACUUAUGGAGUUGUUUGAGUCUGCAUGGCUCAUGAAUCCUGGCAGUUUCUGGGAUAAAGCAGAGAAAGAGAGAGAUUAGUACAAUUAACUAGGAUAUUAUAAGAGUCAUGUACGACUAUAGCAUUUUCAUGGCUACUUCAAAAAUGUGAGUGCCUUUUUUUUUUGUAAUUUGUUUUUCAAUUGUUAUUUGGGACUCUAGAAAGAAACUUGUAAAUCAAGUUCUUUUUUGUUUUAUGCAAAUCAAAUAUCUUU